AUGAGAGCCUCCCCAGAUCAUCAUUGGCGCGAUAUUCUGAUUAUCGUUCCAGUUGUUGGGACAGCGGUUGCGACCGUAGUUUUUUUUCUCCGUCUUUAUGCUCGCUAUAUUACCGUCCGCAGGCUACGAGUAGAGGACAUUCUGAUGGGUAUGGGGUUGCUGUGCACAUACGGCGUCGCGGUAUGUACCAUAUACUCGGCCGUACAUGGAAUCGGAAUUGGAGAAUCCAUCUGGCUAUUACCUCGUGAAGAGCGACGGCGGAUUGCAUUGUCCAAUUGGGUCUUGCAGAAAUGCUGGCCUCCUGCCCAAGUAUUUGUCAAGGUGUCUAUUGUGGUAUUUCUCCGAAGGCUUCUUAAUUGCCUUGAGAAUUUCAAAAGGCUUGCAACGGCCAUCAUCGUACUCGUGGUCAUGUGGGGAACCACUGCCAUCAUUGGCAAUACAUUUCAAUGCUGGCCAGUCCAAUACUAUUGGAUCAAGCAUAUUCCUGGUCACUGUAUGAAAGGGCAGAACACCCUCUUUAUCAUCAUUGGAUCCCUAUCAGUUGUGGGAGAUGUGCUCAUUCUCUGCCUUCCACUGCCAAUUGUAUGGAAGUUGCACACUCCAAUGUGGCAGAAGAUUGAAUUUACUUUACUAUUUUCGAUCGGGUGCCUGGUUUGUAUUUUUAGCAUCUUUCGUCUGGUCGCUCUCAAACAUUUCCAGACCGAAAACUUGACAGCUGAUAGUUCCAUGACCUUGAUCUGGACAAUCCUGGAGCUUGACAUGGCGAUCAUCUGUGGUUCAUUACUUCUCAUGAAACCUUUGUUUGAAUUAUGGAUGGGAAACGUGCGGAAAAGCAUCAGUCGCCUGGGUAGCGGAGCUCCAUCUACAUCCACCGAGAUUAACAUGGUUUCUCCUGAAUUGGCACCCAGUCUAGGAUCUGAUCGGAGAGAUCAGCUGGACGUUGAAAGUUCUUAA